UGCCGCUUGUUCUACGUGGCCGGGUCAUGUUGUGAGUGGUCCUGUAGUAAACGAGCGUUGUCCGUUUCUGAUUAUAUAGCUGCAAUGGUCGAUAUGUGAAGGUGUGGUGGAAGAGAAUUCUGUUUAACUGUUAUGAACGACGUAUUAACCUUCCGUCAGAACGUGUUAAUGGAUGUUGUGAGGUUUGACACGAUGGCUCUCACGUCUACCACAGACACUCGCUAGCCUGGACCCCCGGCCUCAUGACUGAGUCAUUGAACAACAGCCAUGACCUGGUGUGUCGCCGUGUUGAUUCUGGCUGCCGUUGUUGAGACUUCUCAAUACGGCAGCCACUGUUUGAGAUCAAACGAUCCCAAGCCAUGUAUGUACUGUGAGCGGGGCUGGUUUGGCGAGGACUGUAGCCGAAACUGCCCUACAUGUGACAAUUCUGGAUGUGACAGAAACACUGGCAUAUGCGUCAACUGUGCAGAUGGGUUGUACUCAGAGAGCUGUUCCCUGGAAUGCCCAGCUAACUGUAAGACGAGCAAUGACAACAAGGUCCAGUGUGAAAGGGCCACUGGACAUUGUCUCGAAGCAUGUAACUCUGGAUGGUGGGGAGACAAAUGCAACAAACGAUGCAGUGACAACUGUCUCCGUUCAGAAUGCUUCUUCUAUGAUGGUUCGUUGCUUGGGGCUGCAAAGGAUGGUUGGACAGGAAGCAUGUGCACUGAAAACUGUCCGGAAGAAUGUGCAUUGAACAAAUGCUCCCAGCAUGGAAAAUGUUCGUUUGGAUGCAAGAAAGGUUUCUACGGAGAGACAUGUGAAAGUAGAUGCAGUAACAAGUGCAUGAACAAUAACUGCUACUUUGACGACAUCAUCCACUACACUGUGUGCCGAGAUGGAUGUAGCGAUGGAUUUAAGUCAGCUUACUGCAAUGAAUCGUGUCCUGCUGGUUGUAGAAGAUGUCAUCAACAUAGCGGGGAAUGUUCUCUGUGCGAGUCUGGUCGCUGGGGUAUGCUGUGUGGGAAACGUUGUUCAACCUGCAGCAACUCGCUCUGUGAUAUCACUGGAGAGUGUACAGAGGGCUGUCAGACUGGUUAUCAUGGACAUAUGUGUGACCGUCCCUGUCAGUCUGACUGUUUGGAGUGCCGCAAGAACGAUAGCGAGUGUCUCAUAUACAAACCUGGCAAGACGGAUGAAAGUAUUGACACUAUUCUGGAAGAUCCCAGUGAGGGUGAUAAUCGGAUUGAUAGAGAUGAUGCUCGAAUUCUAAAAAUAGCAAUACCUGUCACCGUCGCAGUUGCCAUUCUAAUCUUGAUUGUUGCACUGGUUGUCAUUUACAGGUGGAGAAAGUUACAUAAACGUGGCCAUGUUGAGGAACAGCGAGUUCCAGACACAACCUCUGACUCUGAGACAGACGCGUUUGUUACUACACCCGAGACACAGGUGAAACGAAAGGCAACCUCCCUGGAGAUGCUGUAGACGUCAGGUGACACAAGGACAUGACGUCAACUAGUCUAACUAGCUCUGAUACUAUAUGUCACCCCAAAAACAGGUGCUUCUAUGGUGUGUCUAAAAACAAUCAGUUUGUGUUGUCAAGAGAAAUAAUGUGGAGUGCCACGUGCAUGAUGUUCGGACGUCCUGAGAUGGGUUGAUCGGUACGGAGAAUUGAAAAUGUGUUUACGGAAAUUCAACUUUACGAAAAGGGAUAAAGUCAACAAAACGGUCACCGGUGUCGCAAAAAACCGCCGACGGACUCGGUAAAAACGGCUACAAGGGUUUGAGAAAAUGGCCAAAUCGGAAGUAUAUUGCUAGUAAGGACAGUCAUUCAGUGCACACUUUGUAUAUAUGAAUUAUGUUCAACGUAUUUAAUUUUACGUUAUGUUUUCGAGACAUUGAUGUUAUAAGUUAAUACCGACCUGUCAUAUCAAUAUCUGCACAUCAAGUUUUAUACGUUUUUGUAUUUUCAAGAAAUAUUUUUAAAUGUGGAAUGGAUUACGCAAUCAUAUCUGUGAGUAAAACCAAAUUACAACAGGAACGUUUCAUCAUCCAAAAGUAACCCCCCACGGGUGAUAUCACUUGGCUACAAAUCGAUUUGAGCAGAGCAUUGUGACGCCAUCGACCACAAUGACGUCACAAUCGAAAUCACUAAUCUCUCUGCCAGUAGUUGGUAUGCUGUACUUUUUACACAAAAGAAAUACUUCAUACUAUUUACAAACUGAAAGAUUAGGAAGAAUGAUGUUGGAUGACACAAACAUUUUCAAACUCGUUUCUUUAGAAGUGAAAUGUUACACAAUUUAAUCGAGACGUAUUGGUAUAUUGGAUGUAAAGCCACACUUUGAUGUUUGCCUUGUGGCAUUGUCUUGUCCGUAUUUCUAGGUUUAAGUUAAAGGUUAUAGACAAAGUUUGUUAUUCCUAUCCACCUUGAUUAUAGAGAAUCGGAAUUAGUUGAAUGUUUAGUUUGUUAGAAACCGUAGGUACAUACCUAACUUGUUGUAGCCGCUACACUAAUUUUUGCAGUGUGUCUUGUCAAUAUCUACCAUCUCUAAUCGAUUCCCAGCGGUUCAAGGGAAACAACUCCUGCCGCGAUAGUCACUAGUACUCACACCUGUACAAUGUUCAUGAUCAAUGUUAUACGUCACAUGUCCGCCAUGUAGCUGGAAUAUUGCUGGGUGCGGCGUAAAACUAAACUCACUCACUCACUCACUAUACGUCACAUGUGAAGUAUGUGUACUAAAUGUAUUGCAUAUAUUUGAUGUUUAUGCGUUGUUUAUUUGCGUUAAUGAAUGUUCUGACAUUAACUCAAUAAAGACACAACAAGUUUUGAAAGACAAACAAAUUUGUCAAUAUUAAUUAACCCGUAGGUUACAUAAAACACUGGGAACUAUUACUCAAGAAAAUAUUCAUAGUUCGGUUACAAAUAUAUCGAAUAUGAUACUUUUUUCCAAAGUAGAUGAUAGUAUCAUGUGCGCAAUAUACAUUUACGUAUCAUCUACGUAUUAUAUUUUAGACUGUGGCACUAAUAGGCUUCAAUAACACCGAGCUUCAAACUUCACAGCGCAAUAUCACGAGCUCAGUUACGACAUGGACGAGUAUUAUAUCAUAUACAUUUAUGGUGGUGAAACAUACGUAAGUAUGGUCUGCGAUUGAUAUUUCAUAUUGAAGACUAUGGCCCUAAUACGCUUCCAUACAUAUCUGAUAUCAGGCACGUUUGAAAGCGGCGAUCUUCGGAUCUAUAGUGAGUGACAUAUCUAGCAACCUGACUGACAACCGUUAUUGUGUAUGCUGUGUUAUACCGGCGUGAUCCAGUUGUACAGGAAUGACGGGACUCAUUGUGAACCAUAACCGUUCCUACUUCUUGCAUUACAAAGAACCUACUGUACAACAUUCAAA